AUGACAGUUGAUGGAAGGGAGACUCCGGAUGACGAUGAAGACAAUGAGGUGCAGGUGACAGGAGUUCGUCACAACCCUAGUCUCUUAUUGUCCUCUGAUGACGAUGAAGAUGAUGAUGGGGAUGUUACAUCUGUGCAGAUGAAAGAUGCUGGGGAAGAUGAAGAAAGGGAGGGUUUGAUAGACACUAUGGCAAGGGCGGAUACCAACCCGGUGUUGACUCAAGUCAGUCCUUGGGGUCGAUUUUACGCCUGUGGCUUCUCAGAACCCCUUGCCAACAACCAACUCACGCCUACAACGGCCACUAACCGUUGA